UUCAUUUCCCAUGAUUCAUACAGUGGCACUUCCUGGAUACGUUACACGUAGAGACACGAUUGUGUUCAGACUUUCAUAGCAGAAAUGUGUUUUUAAACGACGGCUUCUCUGACUUGUUUUAUGUGUGCAUACAUGUUAUUCACCCCUAUUCGCACGCAGGCAUGUUUAGUGGGAAUAUAAAGAAGCCACAGUGCCGCGUGUUGCUUGUUUAGCCUCAUAGCUAAGCUAAGCUACCUAGCCAACAUAGCCAACAUUAAGACUAGUGAACACGGACGCGUUUUUGUUUAUGUUUACUUUUUAUUCAAGAUGUACACUUUAUUAUCUGGAUUAUAUAAGUACAUGUUCCAGAAGGAUGAAUACUGCGUUUUGAUCCUGGGACUGGAUAACGCCGGAAAAACGACUUUCCUGGAACAGACCAAAACAAAGUUUAGUAAGAAUUACAAGGGGAUGACUUUAUCCAAGAUCACCACUACAGUUGGCCUGAACAUUGGCACAAUUGAUGUUGGCAAGGCUCGUCUAAUGUUCUGGGAUUUGGGAGGUCAGGAGGAGCUCCAGUCUCUGUGGGACAAAUACUACGCUGAAUCCCAUGGAGUCAUCUAUGUGAUAGAUUCAACUGAUGAAGAGCGUCUGUCAGAAUCAAAGGAGGCCUUUGAGAAAAUGAUCAGCAGUGAGGCACUGGAAGGUGUUCCGCUCCUCGUGCUGGCUAAUAAGCAAGAUGUACCGAACUGUUUGUCAGUGCCGGACAUUAAAACAACCUUCAGUGAUUGUGCUCCAAAGAUUGGCAAGAGAGACUGUUUAGUCCAGCCUUGCACUGCUCUCACAGGAGUGGUGAACUGGCCCACCUUCAUUUUCCAAAGACUCACCUUUUUACAGGACGGCGUGAACGAAGGCAUUGAGUGGAUGGUGAAGUGUGUGGUCAGAAACAUUCACCGGCCACCGAGACAGAAGGACAUCACAUAAGAUGUUUGUCAUCACUCCACUGUGAUGACUGUGUGACAUGGGACAGAGUUUCUCCUUGAGGACAUGUUAAGCUCUGGAGCUGAUAACUCUCCUCUCACCCUGUGUUUCCUGUGACUCUUUGGAUUUCUGCUUUUUGGACUUCAUUAUAGUAUUUUUAUCAACAAACAGCUUCAGAUGUACUGUGAGCAGACGUCUGCCUGUUUGUGCCUACACUUUUUGAAGGUGUGUCGUUUACUUUUGCUGGCUGGGAUCAGUGCUGCAGCAUUUACAUGGAGCACUUUGAGUGCACAGAAACACUGACACAUUAAAUAUACACAGCAUUGAUGGGCGCUUAUCUAUUUUUUUCACACUAUCAGAUUCAAUAAACAAUGAUAAGCUGCAUGUUUUUGAUGAACUUAAUGAUACUGCAGUGUUCCAUCAUUAGAACCUUUGACAUAUAAACAUAUUUGUAGAAACAGUUUACAUUUAGCUAGGCUGGUCUCUCUUUUUUGUCAUCAGGCAUAAGACAGGAAUUAUUAGUAAAUUGAUCCGUGCUGUCCUUAUACAAUUUUCAGCAUUUGGAAAGAGUCACUGUAAAUUUAGUUAGGAUCCAUGUCUGACAUUAGGAAGUUGCUUUUUAUGAACAAUUGCUAAUCCUCAGCUGGUUAUGUGCCUGUGUCACACUUAUAAACAGAACUUUACUAGUAUUGCCCAGUGGGUUCCCACAGGUAAACUUUAUUUUUUUUACAUCUGUCUGACAGAGCAAUCGGUUUACUAGUGGACAAUGCGCUCACUCUUAUUUUCAGGGUUCAGCUGCUGGUAACCAGCCACCAAACCCUUUUCUCUCUGCCCCCUGGCCCACCAAUCCGAUUGCUGUUAUGGCACUUCUGUCAGUCAGCUGCUUGUCCAGUGAGUUUCUCAUCCCAUAUUUGGAUGUACUCAAUCAUCUCAGACUGGAUGUGGAGGUGGUAGUCCUCCUUUCGUUCUCAUCUGCAAGUUGGAUGGUCAUCCCAGCCAGAAUGUGCA